AUGGCCACUCGUGGACCUCCCGGCGCGCGCCCUGGCAUGGGAAACCGCUUUGCCCAGUUCAAGCUGGUGUUGUUGGGUGAAUCGGCGGUUGGAAAGAGCUCGAUAGUCUUGCGCUUCGUCAAGGACCAGUUUGACUCGUACAGAGAAUCCACGAUUGGCGCCGCUUUCCUAACACAGACCAUUGCCCUCGACGAAAACACAACGGUCAAGUUCGAGAUCUGGGAUACCGCCGGCCAGGAGCGCUACAAGUCUCUAGCGCCCAUGUACUACAGGAAUGCCAACUGCGCAGUAGUCGUUUACGAUAUCACACAGGCGGCAUCUUUGGACAAGGCCAAGUCGUGGGUCAAGGAACUUCAGCGCCAAGCAAACGAGAAUAUCAUUAUCGCCCUUGCCGGUAACAAGCUGGAUCUCGUCCAGGAGCAACCCGAUAAGCGUGCGAUCCAGACGGCCGAUGCCCAGGCAUAUGCAAAGGAGGCCGGCCUUCUCUUCUUCGAGACUUCUGCCAAGACUGCCGAAAACGUGCAAAAUCUGUUCACCGAGAUUGCCAAGAAGCUGCCCCUCGACCAAGUUGGACCGAGGCAUGCUCGUCCUGGCCAACGACCGGGUGUCAGUCUAGCGCCCGAGGGAGCCAACACUCAGGUUGGAGGGCCUUGCGCCUGCUGA